UGGAAACCUGGUCCAGAUAAGACAGCACACGACGACUCUCUGGAGUCAUUCUAGAACUGAGCAGUAGGAUGUCUGCACUUCCUGCAAAACCUGGCCUUCGCCUUAGUGUGUCAGAGUGGUACAGCAACAACCACCAGCUGUCUGCCACAGCUCAACACGAGAGACUUAUUUCUAAUGUGAUCCGACAAGAGGGGAGGUCACUACGCAACGAGACCAGCUGCAAGACAACCUGGGAUGAGAGUGAUACCUCUCGCCGGCUGAGUGACCGGGUUUGGGAUGUUGCUCGAUGGAAGGAAGUGCUGGAAACCUGCGCACGGAAAGUGGAUGAAGAGAUGGAAGCUCUGACCCUGUCUAAAGAGCAGACCGAGCAGGCUCUGGCUGCGACUGUCAUUCCUCUGGAGGUGAGUACGGAGUGUCUGACGCUGAGGGAGGGACGACGAGGGUUCGAGCUGGUCACCGACCCAGUAGACGAGCAGCUGAAGAAAGAGGAGGAGCUGAUCAGAAGAGUGCAGCAAGUUCUGCAACAGCACAUAGACAAGGCCUUCGAACAACUGUGUGUUUUGCAGGAGGCUCGGCAUCAGCUGACCGCUGACCUCCAGAACAAGAUGGACGCUCUGGACAUCGAUAUGUCCUGCUUGUCACUUACGAUAAAGUCACCUCAGAUCUCCCUGAAGACCAGCCCAACCCGCAUACCAUCAGGUUCCUCCAACCCCCAGGAGUGGGUCCAGUUCAGCCAGUAUAAUUUAGCUCGUGGCCAGGAGGCCAUGCAGGUGUCCCAGCAAAUGAGGGAGGACAUGAGUCUCACCAGAGCCCAGCUACAGAAUGAGUUGGAGACUCAGCGGAGGGCCACAGAGUUUGCCCUUCGUAAGCGCAAUCACCAUGAAGAGCAGGCCCGCGAUGAGCUGGAGUGGCAAAUAAAAACUACUGAAGAUGAAAUGAAUGAAAUGGAGAGUGACAUCCACGGGCUGGACGCAGAUCUGCAGGCAAAGACGGCCUCACUGAAACUGGCUCAUACCAGACUGGAGAACAGGACCAACAGACCUGGCAUGGACCUGUGCAGAGACGAGGUUCAACACGGCCUCGUCAGUGAAGUCCAUCAGCUGGAGGCCACGAUAGUGGCUCUGAAACAAAAGCUGUCUGAGGCUCAACACUCUCUGCAGAAGAUGAAGCUCCAUCACGCCCGCAUGCUGCAGGAUCUCUCCAGAAAACAGGAAGCUUUAUCUCUGGAACAACGAAGCAUGAACACCCGUACCCACCUAACAUCAGCCUCCUGCACCGGCAAAACCCCGGUGCUGCUGGUCCCACUCACAAACUCCAGUGGGAGGAGCAACCUGCAGCUGCUGGCUCAGUAAUAAGAUGGUAUCCAAAUAUAUGACGAAUAUAUUUUAGAAUGAUUAACAUUUUUAGCUUUGACUUCAUGUUUUCAACAACCAGCAAUCAAUGGAUACCACUAAAAUGUUCCAUCCAUACUUAAAAUACAUUCAAUUCUGAAUUCUGAUGGUAGUAAAUAAAAUGAAAAAUGAAUUAAUCAUCUCAAGCUGUUGCUGAGAAACAAAACACUUUCAUGUAUUUUAUUUAUUUAUUUCAACAAGAACUUUCACCCUCUCUCAAAAAAAUUCUUCUCCUGACUUGUCUAAGCCCUUUUUGUGUGAGUAAUUAGUUUUUAGUUGUGAUCAGUUAUGUACUUUGUGUGUGUUUAACUUCUAUAUGAAAUUACACAAAUAAUCUGACCUCGAUCCAACAUUUGCUGAUCAAGAUAUUUCUGGCAUCUGACUGUAUCUAUGUAUUCGAGGUUGUCUUUUUUGUUUUUUUGUUUUAAGAAUUUAUUGAUUUCAUACAAAAAUUCACAAGUGAAAGAGCUCACCUUCAUGUCUAGUAAGGUCAUUACUUUUAGCGACCAUCAGCUUUAAUGGCUUUGUUUGGCCUCAUCUUAUUGUUUGAUCAACUGACGCUGUUUGGAGCAUGAAGACGGUGAUAAUGACGUGAACUUUGACUCAUACGGUAUACACGGUUUAGAUAAAAAAUCUGGUAAACAGGCACUAAACAGGGUGCCUAAGACAAUAAACCCUAGUAACUCUCACCUGCCUCAGAAUUAAUGUCUUCAAAUGGAUGUGUUUGUGUCAGUCUCUGCUUUUAAUGAGGAUUUAGAGCUAGAGUCAUCUGUUUUUAAAAACUGUUUGGUCUUUGUCUUGUCUCUGAAAGUUUGCAUAGAAAGUUAGAACUUGUGUGUUUAGAAAAAUUUCAGAGUAAUAUAACCAUUGUGGCCUGUUGUGUGAAGUUUGUCUUAGAUCAAGGGGUUUUCAUUUAAUAUUCUAAAUACUAACCUU